CUUUCCUAAGUAUGUCCAACUUCUCACCCCUUAUAAAAACCUAACCCCAUCAAUAUUUCUAAUUUCAUCUUCAUUUUUCAAACACAAUUCAAUCAAAACCCUCACAAAAAUUAAGAAAACACCAAAAAGGAUCAAUAAUAUGGCCAAUAAAACUGCCAUUCUCAUUUGUGUGCUAGUUGUUGUGAUUGGAUGUAGCAGCAUGCAGGGCAGUGAAGCAAUCUCAGCAUGCGCCAAGCCAUGCAUGCCAGUCUGCAUGAAGGAGGAAGGGGCAAGCAUUCCCAUCUGUGAGAUUGCCUGUGAGAACUAUUGCAAACAGAUCUCCGGCAACCGGAAUUCUGAGUGGAAUCGAUAUCGCAACCUUUGAUUGUUCAUCAAGCAAGUUUCAGAUUUAAUUAAGUUCAAAUUAAGUUGGUUUAAAUAAAUGAUGUAACUACUGGAAUUUUGUGAAUAUUAUAAGGGUAGCUGAACAAUAUUCCAUUGUAGUUUGUAAAUAGAGAUGCAAUAUUCUUUACCAA